CUCCAGCUGCUCCGAUGCCCAGACCGGGGCGAUGACGCUGAGGUUCACGAUACCUAAAAUAGAUCGCUUACUCCAAAUAAGCCUCUCCUCCACAGCUCGGCUCUUCCUCUACUUCACCCACUUCCCUUCCUCUCCUCCUUCCUGCUCAGCUCCUGAACAACGACGCUUGCUCGUAGGCAUCGUCUGGUUGUCUGACUGUCUGACUCUGAUCGUCUGCGCAUGGCAGACAAACCCACGCUCUCUCUCCACACCCUCGCCGAGGGCUCAGUCGCUACCUCUCCACCCCGGCACCGCUCUCGGCCCUCCCACUCCUCCUCCCGCCAGGCCCAUCUCUCGCCCGUAUCGCCUCUGUUUGCCCGCAGAGUCUCCCCGUUCUCGCUCCAGUACACGCCCACGAACGGCGAACCCCAGCUGCUGCCCGACGCGCUAUCGAGUCCGCUCACGUUCACUCCAAUCGAAGAUGGCGAGACGCUGUCCUCGCGCCUUCUCGCGCUCUCAGAGGAGGCUGUCAAAGGUCCGCUCGGCGUGCAGAGUCUGUCAAAGAUCGACAUGAUCAUCACCGGCCAGCGUAUCCUCACCGUGCGCAACUAUAGCGACCCAUCGGCUGCCAACCCAGACCUAUGGGAGCUCAACACGCCGGCUCUCGUUUCCAUCGCGCGGAAAAUGGUCGACUGCUGGACUUUUACUGAUAAUGUACUUUAUGACGACAUCUACCUCGAUGUACUGCAGUCUAUCUUGAGCCUCUGCGUCAUGAAAUCAAUAUCGCCCUGGCCGGACAAGCACGACAGAAUGAGGGUAUAUGCCAAGCUCUCUGAACUGGAGUCUUCCUACUCUACGCGCGGCCUUACCUGCGCCCUGCUGCGCGAGCUAGUCGUCCUCAGCAUCCCCGGCCCGCCAGACUCUAAAAGCUACAUCCGCCGCAUCAUCGACGCCAGCAACGAUCCUAAUCUGAAAUUUGACCACGACGUCCUCAUCGGCGAACUAAUCUCUCGCCCGGUUCUAGAUCACUGGGUCGAGCACCUCAUCCUGAUCUCAGAAGCUCUUCGGACACCCACAGACUCGUUCGUCAGCUUCGUCAUCGGUCUAAUCAGCGACGUCGUAGGUGUCGCGCGCCGUCCGUCUGUACAAACUCUAGACAGCGAAGAGCAUAAACCCGCGACCAGUUCCGGCAGCAUCGCGACAGAGAUUGCAAUCAGCGUGAUUGACAGCUUCAAGCUCUCGGCGCAGUCCCGUCGGGAGGUGUUUACGAUCGGCCUGCUCAGCUCUCUGCGGUCGUCGAUCUCGAACGCGUUCUCGCACUCGUCAUGUGCUGCGAUCUCCCGCUUGGCGCGGAUAAUGAUCAGUCGACGGAUGCACACCAAUCUUGCAUUAGCUCUAUCUGAGGCGCUACAGAGCCCGCAGGAAGUGAUUUUAAGCGACAUGUGGCCCCAUCCUAACACCAUCAGCACGGGCGCAAACGCAUCAUCGUCCGCAGUCACAAAGGUGAACAAGUUUGAUAGUCUAGAGGCGCGAGUGCGCGCGUCAAACGAGAAAAUGGUGCAGAAACUUCGCGACAUAAUCACAUGCCCACUAGUCAGCGACGUGUCAGAAGACAUGGUCAAUCUCUCCUGCGGCCACUACUUUGACCGGAUUUCCAUCACCCGCUGGUUAGCCCAAACACCUCGGUGUCCUCAAUGUCGCAAGAUUGUGACGCUACAAGGGAGAGCGCUGUGGGUUUCGGGAGUGGUUGAUCUGAUCAAGGAGAUUGAAGGCAAGAAGACCUUAUUUGAAACGGUGAGGGAUAGCGUACCUGAGAGUCCCAAGCCGGUGGUUGGUAUAUUUAUGAACUCUUCUGUAACCGUGAUUGGAAUCAAGUACGACGAAGUGUCGGAUGUUGAGUUGAUCUCUGAUUGGGCGAAUGAUACCAGUUUUGCAGUACCUACUGUCGUCUACACAGAUGCAAACAGCGCACCUAUCGGGUGGGGUGGCGAUAGAUCGCAGCUGGACGAGUUGAUGGCAAAGAUACCGGUGGCGUACAACACCUGCCAUAUCUUGGCCAGCGAAUGCACAGAAGAGCACCUGACUUAUUUCCUGGCUGCGAUCUAUCGCUCUGUCCACAAAUAUCUCAACCGCCGGACGGUAAAACCGGCGGUGCCGGCAGGACAGAUGGCGAGUGGCAGCGGCGACAAGAAGAGCGCUGCGCGGUUCAUUCUCAGCGUGACGGAUCAGUUUUGUCCCGAGUCUGUUCACGAUCCGCGAGAUCGGUUUAGUAGAUCGCUUCGCGAGGCCGGGUUCGUUCUCUCUGAUGUCGAAGUAAUUCCAGAGACGAUGUGUGCGGCCCUGUUCUCGUUGGAUUUGAAUACAGGUGGGGUAAGAAAGCCGAGUCAGGUGCUGCAUGUUGUGAAUUGGGACUAUUUCGGACUUUCGCAGGGGUUGUAUCAAGCUAGCCCCGAAGACAGGUUUGGGCUGUGGCGGGUGGAUCAGCAGCAGCGCGGUCAUGAAGUCUACGCGCGUCCGGCGAGUGGAAAUGGAAAUGGAUAUGGAAAGGCUGGAGUGUGGUCGAGUAUCAGCAAGCCGAUGAUUAUAGAACAUCUGGUGAAGCAUGUAUCUGCAGCUUUGGGAUCGAGCGCGGACGAGGACCGCGAGGAAACGAAUGAAAUCAUACUGGCUGCGCUGAGAAAGAUUCUCGAGUGCACGACGACGAUCGAUGAUAUCCUCGAGUCAAUCCCAGUGUCGAAGACGAGCAUGCCGAAAUACAGUCUGGAUAUGUACACAGCAGCAAUGUACUUUGCGGACGACUCGCUCUUCCAAGACCUACUGCACCUCCAUCUCUUUUGCAAGCCGCUCGAGCUCGAUCUCAAACUCGACCGGCAGCUGCUUAGACGGGGACUUGCGCGACGGUGUGGCGUCGCCGUCGACAUCUCGAGAGCGAUUCCGGGGUCAGGCGUGGAAGCGCAGAAGGUGACGGUUGCGAUUGGUAUUGACGAGAACGGGGUGCUGACGAUUCCGAGUUAUAAUGUGGCGCUGUGUGUUACGGAGGCGGCGAUUAGUGGGUUGAUGAGUGUUGCGGAUUUUCCGGUGUGUUUUGAUAUUGAUGAUCCUAUUACAAUGGUUAUUUUUGGGUCCUGUGCGGACGACAACGCGUUGAUGAAGCAAGCGACGGCAUGGAUAAGUUCAGGCGUGUUCAAGAAGCCGAACGUGAACGGCGUGCUGACGGUGCGCGGGGGCAGCAACACCUCGCUCGGGUUCUACAACCGCGAGAAGACGUUUACGAAGCGGAUGAAUCAAGCCUCUGCGGGCGAUUAUGGGAACACGCGCGUGCUGCCGCAGUAUCUCUCGAACGAGGAUAUGUUUGGGAGGGGGAGUGUGCAGAUGGCGAUUGAUGGGCUGUGGUUGGCGUGUAAGAUGGCGAUUGCGCAUGAGGAGUGAGGGUGUAAAGCAUUUCGAUGCAUUUUGGGGUUUUUGUCAACUUUUUGUCGACUAGUUUUGACUAACUGCAUGUAUUAUUGUUGAUUUGUUGAUUAUAAACUGAUGAUAAACUGAUGAUAAAAUGAUGAAUAUUCGAUAAUUGAUCCGAG